AUUAGUUAACUAGUAAUUGCCAUGGCUAGGCGGUGCGGCGUUGUUGGCACUGUAUGGCGAUCUGCAUGUUCAUGUUGCCACUUCAAGCACGACUUCCACUACAGUACCAGCGGCGGUGGCUGCCCGCGGAGGAGACAUUUGUGGACUUGGCCAUCACGUGCUUCUUGGACGACUGCGACGUGUCGGCACCACGUUACGGCAGUACAUUGCUCGCCGCCUGCAGUGCAAGGAAAUGCGAGUGACCAAGAAGAUCAGACGGAACAAAGUUCUGGCGGGACGACGCCGCAUCCAGGCCAACUACAACCGCCGCCACUUCUUCGAAAAGGCCCACCGGUCCGAGCUCGACUUGGACGCGGCCACGAGUUUGAAGCGGAGUUGCGGCGUCGAAAAGGAUCAGGACGGGCGGUGUCGGUGACAAGUCGAGUGGCCAUUGCCGCGCUGCUGUCGUCGUUUGAGGCGUAAGUCGGCAGCAACAUUGGCCGAGCUCGGAGCUUGGUGCGGGGAUCGUUAUGCGUUGUGCGGUGAUAAUAUAUAAAUUGUGUGUAUAUGUGGUUUAGUAAUACUAGAAAUGGACAUGCGACGAAAUUAAACGAACAAGGCAAACACAGCAGCAAACAACACAAGCCAACGUGAUUCGGGGACGUUGGCGACAGGAGCGUGGGAAGUGCCGGUGACUAGUACUGGAAUAGUUGGCGUCGACGAGCUCGUAGCAGGCACCGUGGAGGACUCUGGAGGUGCCGACGGGGAAGGCACGUGUGUCAAUGGACUGCUGUCGGGAGUCGUUGAUGAGGUGGAGGUGCUGGCAGGUUUGGUUGUGGUUGGACGUUUGGUUGUGGACGUCGUCGCCAAGCCAUCGCACAUUUUUCCACCUCCGUGGGUGCAUCCUGCUUUGUCGUAAUUGUAGCAAGCUCCGAAGAGACUGCACCCAGUGCACACGCCGCUGCUGUUGCAUUUAUCACCCGUGGAGCAUCUGCAAGGGAUGAGGAGCGACACUUUGGCUCCGGGCCUCGGGACCUUGGUGAGUGGAAGCUCCAGUUGCUUUAGUUCACAUGUUCCGCCUUCCUCGUCCGUCCACGUGAAGAAGUCGCACACAGCUUCCAUUCUGCGGCAGUCGUCGCAGCACGCCUCCGCGUCGUCUCUCGACGUGCGUUGAAGUUGUAAGGAUGUGGACACAUAGUCGACGUCACCUUCAAUGGGAUGGCAUGAGAGUUCCGUAGACAUGGAUACGGUCAUCGUCAGCGCGGCGGCGCUGCCAACGAGGAGCGCGGCGAUGGAAGCUACCUUGGCCAUGCUGGGCCCAAUGAGAAAGUGUUGACAGUGAAGUAUAAUCAUCCUACGGAAAUU